UCUGUUCCUCGGAAUCUUCGUAUAGCAUUUACCUCUUUAAUUUCAUUUUGAUUCAGCUUUGAUGUUUCAUACAGGUUUUAGUUACCCAAACCCUGGAUCAUGUAGGGUUUCUUUUGUACAGACAAAACAUUAAGAUGGAAUCGUAAUGAAAUUGUAAACUUUGUCAUGAGACUGAUAUCAGCUUUUAAAAUUGAAUUUCCAAUAUCUUUUUAUUUUUCAAAAUGAGUAUUUCAUUGAUGACACCAAAAUGCCUUAAUAUGAAAGGUGCAUACAAAUAUUCACAAGUUCCCUUUUUCCAUAGGAAACACUUUUUCUAUAAGAUAACAGAAUGCUUUUUUUUUUUUGAACCCUGUGACAUUCCAUUCCACUCUUGUGAGUGAGUGUGUGUUGGAUCAUUGUGCAAUCUGACAAACAUACAUGGAGGGAUAUAUCUUUCUUUCAUCAGCAAACUCAGUCUAAUGUGAACUUAGAACAACACUCAGAGUUUGGAAGAUGUUGAACGUUGUACCCCUGUUUUGCAGCGUGCAUUACCCAAAUGAAUGUCUGUGUCAUUAUAUAACAUGCAAAGUUGUUGUAUUGUCCAUUUUUAUUGGUUGCGUGUGCGAGUCACAGUUUUAGCACAGUAAAUAUAUCUGGCCCCCUUCAUCAAAAAAGAUGCAGGACCCUGCCAAUAAAGCCAUCCAAUGGUUUUUCAGAAGGCUGGAUCCUGCAUUAAAGCACUGAGGGUCUCGAGGCAUCCUUACAACAUCAGAUACAGUAGAACUUCACGUGCUCAGUGCAGAAAGGACAGAAAACAUCACAAUGAGUUCAUCUAAAGAAUAUUUGAAUGGCAACGUCCACCUGGAAGAUUCAGACAUGUACGAGUCAGAAGGGAAGCUGUUCCUUACUGAGGCUUUCAAAGUGAUUAUGGAAGAUAUACUUCACAAAGGAACUGACCUGAAGGAGAAGGUGUGUGAGUGGAAAGAUCCAGAUCAACUGAGUGCUCUUCUGGACCUCGAACUCAGAGAACAUGGAGAAUCUCACGAUCAGCUAUUGCAGAGGGUCCGAGAUGUGGCACGAUACAGUGUUAAAACCUGUCAUCCUCGGUUCUUCAAUCAGCUGUUUGCUGGGGUGGACUACCAUGCAUUGACAGGACGGCUCCUCACUGAAACCCUCAACACCAGCCAAUACACCUAUGAAGUGGCUCCGGUUUUUGUCCUGAUGGAAGAGGAAGUGCUCUCUAAGCUCCGCUCUCUGAUUGGCUGGUCAGAAGGAGAUGGGAUAUUUUGUCCCGGAGGUUCCAUGUCCAACAUGUACGCCAUGAACGUUGCACGGUACUGGGCCUUCCCUCAAGUGAAGACACAAGGCAUGUGGGCCACACCACGGAUGGCUAUAUUUACAUCACAACAGAGUCAUUACUCAAUGAAAAAAGCAGUUGCUUUUCUUGGUAUCGGAACGGAAAAUGUUUUCAUUGUACAAGUGGAUGAGAGUGGCAGCAUGAUACCAGAGGACCUGGAGGCUAAAAUCGUGCAGGCAAAAUCACAAGAUGCUGUCCCAUUUUUCGUUAACGCCACAGCUGGUACCACAGUGCAGGGCGCCUUUGAUCCUCUGAACCGCAUUGCUGACAUAAGUGAAAGAAACGGCAUGUGGAUGCACGUUGACGCCGCUUGGGGAGGAAGCGUGCUGUUUUCCAAAAAACACAGACAUCUGGUUGCAGGAAUAGAAAGAGCAAACUCUGUGACUUGGAACCCUCACAAAAUGCUUCUAGCGGGCCUGCAGUGCUCUGUGAUUUUGUUCAGAGAUACCACGAAUUUGCUAAUGCACUGUCACAGUGCCAAAGCAACCUACUUGUUCCAGCAAGACAAGUUCUACGAUACAAGUCUAGAUACUGGAGACAAAUCCAUCCAGUGUGGCCGUAAGGUGGAUUGUUUGAAGCUCUGGUUGAUGUGGAAGGCAAUAGGAACACAUGGUCUUUCAGAGCGCGUGGAUAAGGCCUUUGCCCUCGCAAGGUAUUUAGUUGAAGAAAUGAAGAAAAGGGACAAUUUCCAGCUGGUCUGUAAGGGGAAUUUUGUGAACGUUUGCUUUUGGUUCAUUCCGCCCAGCCUGAGAGGGAAGGAGAACAGUGCGGAUUACCAGGAAAGACUAUCAAAGGUGGCGCCAGUCAUCAAAGAGAGAAUGAUAAAGCGUGGAACAAUGAUGGUGGGAUACCAGCCCAUGGACGAACACGUCAACUUCUUCCGUAUGGUUGUUGUUUCACCUCAGCUGACCACCAAGGACAUGGAUUUCUUCCUGGAUGAGAUAGAGAAACUAGGGAAGGACCUGUAAUUAGUUGGAAUAUGAAUGGUCUACCAAUGUCACAUUAUCCCUUCUCAUCCCGUCACUUUUAAAUUUGUGAUUAUCUAAAGGUUGCUAAAACUUAUUUUGACUUAUGAAUAGUACACAAUACUGACUUCAUUGAAAAAGCAUGCAAAAAAUGUUGCAUCUACAGAGGUCAUAGAGUGAAUGAAUCUCAUAGAUUCUGGCCCACAUACACUACCGUGUAACACUGCACUAAGUUUGGAAUAAUUAAGAUUUGUAAUGUUUUUUUUUUUUUUAAAGAAGUCAUUAUGCUCACCAUUUAUUUGAUCAAAAUACAGUAAAACUGUAAUAUUGUGAAAUAUUAUUGCAAUUUAAAAAAAAAAAAAUUCAAUAUAUUUUAAAAUAUAAUUUAUUCCUUUGACGCAAAGGUGAAUUUCCAGCAUCAUUACACCAGUGUUCAGUGUCACAUGAUCCUUCAGAAAUCAUUCUAAUAUGCUAACAAGCAACAUUUCUUUUAAUUUCUUUUAUUAUCAGUGUUGAAAACAGUUGUUACUGCUUAAUAUUUUUGUAAAAACGUGAUAAACUUCCAUUCAAAAACAAAAAACAAAAAAACAACACAUUUAAUUGAUCAAAAGUGACAGUAGACAUUUAUAAUGUUUAUGUUUUUUAAAUUUCACAUUAUUUUAAAUAAAUGCUGUUCUUUUCAACUUUAUAUUUACUAAAGAAUCCUAGAACUUUUUUUAUCAUGGUUUCCACAAAAAUAUUAAGCAGAAAAAACUGUUUCCAACAUUGAUAAUAAUAAAAAAUGUUUCUUGAGUGGCAAAUCAGCAUAUUAGAAUGAUUUCUGAAGGGUCAUGUGACACUGAAGACCGGAGUAAUGAUGCUGAAAAUUCAGCUUUGCAUCACAGGAAUAAAUUACAUUUUUAAAGUAUAUUAAAAUAGAAAAUGGUUAUUUUAAAUUGUAAUAAUAUUUCACAAUAUUACUGUUUUUACUGUAAUUUUUGACAAAUAAAUGCAGCUUUGAUGCAUAAAAAACUUCUUUCAAAAGCAUGAAAAAAUCUUAAUUAUUCCGAACUUUUGAUUGGUAGUGUAAAUACUGAUUUCAUUUGGCACACCUAAUUCAGGUCUUAGGGUCUACACUAAUGAGCUGACUAUAUAAAUCAGGUAUAUUAAAUAAGGACGACAUCCAAAAUGUGCAGUACAGGGGCCUCCCGGACCAGGAUUGAGAACUACUGCUGAAACUGUAAACCUGAAUGGACAAAAUGAUUCACUGGCAGAAAGCAUUUCUGAUUGGCUAUCCUCUUUUCAGAGCCUAGGGCUGUCACAGAGACAGGUGUGAUUUGUUAUGACACUUAUUUUAGUGAUAUCUGUCAGAUUUUAUGUGUGCUUUACAUUUAGGUAGGCAAAAGAUUUUUAUUUUAGCGAAUUUAUUUGUUUUUUGGUGCCCAUAAUUUAAUAAGGAUAUUUUAUGAAUUAGAUGAUGAUAUAAUGACAUUGUUAAAUUGAGAAUCUGUUAAAUAAUUUGUGACUGUCGUUUUGUUUAACACGAUAUAUGGGUAUAUAUGUCAUUUAUAGGUCAACAUAUGAUAGGCCGAAUAUUUUCCUUUAAGUUGAAAGUUUAUUUUGUCAUUUAUUUUGAGAUUUGUAAACUAAAACACCAAUAUUUUUUACAAAAACCUUUAUGUUAUAAAGAAUAUAAAACAUAUUUUCCCGUUUUCAAAGUGUAAUUUCGCAAGAAGCUCACCAUUUUACAUAUUAAUAAAAUGAAUUCCUUCAUAA